AUGAGCUCUUCAAUGAUGCCAGUCGCUCUUCAGAACAAGCUGGCCGGCUACGGCCGGGCCUCCAGUGCCCAUCUCUCCGCCUUGAAUCUCGACCUUAUCCGCAAUAUUGUAUUUAUCCUGUUUAUUCUUCGGUUCGUGCGCAAGACCUUCUACUCCGUCCGCGGCUACGGCAUCCUCGGCAGCAUCCGCAACAUCUACAUCUCGCUCCGGCUCUUCUGCUACGGCCUCUUCCUGCGCACACCGGGUGUCCGUGGCCAGGUCGAUAAACAGGUCAGCACUGCUAUUACGAAACUCGAAGCAAAGCUUGUCAACAGUGGACCGGAUGUUACGCGCUAUCUUGCGUUGCCCAAGGAGGGCUGGUCGCCGGAACAAGUCCGCGCGGAACUGGACAAGUUGGCUGGCCUUGAACAUACUCGUUGGGAAGAUGGACGUGUUAGCGGGGCUGUUUAUCAUGGAGGUGAAGAGCUGCUGAAACUUCAGACUGAGGCAUUCGGACAGUUCGGUGUCGCGAACCCAAUUCAUCCGGAUGUUUUCCCUGGUGUUCGGAAGAUGGAGGCUGAGGUUGUCGCUAUGGUUUUGGCUCUCUUCAAUGCUCCUGAAGAUGGCGCCGGUGUUACCACCAGCGGUGGUACUGAGUCCAUCCUUAUGGCUUGCUUGGCCGCCCGACAAAAGGCUUUCUUGGAGCGCGGUGUUACUGAGCCCGAGAUGAUUAUUCCCGAUACAGCCCAUGCAGCAUUCAUCAAGGCUUGCAACUACUUCAAAAUCAAGUUGCACCGUGUGCCUUGCCCCGAGCCAGAGUUCAAGGUCGACGUGGAUGCUGUUCGUCGUUUGAUCAACCCUAACACUGUUCUUCUCGUCGGCUCAGCACCCAACUUCCCCCACGGUAUCGUUGACGACAUCCCCGGCCUAUCGCGUCUGGCCGUCAGGUACAAGAUCCCGCUUCACGUUGACUGCUGCCUGGGAUCAUUUGUCGUUGCACUCCUCAAGAAAGCCGGCUUCCCUUCACCCUACGAAGAAGAAGGAGGCUUUGAUUUCCGACAGCCCGGCGUAACCAGCAUCAGUGUCGACACUCACAAAUACGGCUUCGCACCCAAGGGUAACUCAGUCCUGCUCUACCGUAACAAGCUAUACCGCAACAAUCAGUACUUCAUCUACCCCGAUUGGUCCGGCGGCGUCUACGCCUCCCCUCGCUUAAUGAGCGUGGGCGAAACCGGAUACAUUAACAGCUGCACGGAGAUCAUCAACGCAGCCCGCAAGUUUGAAGCAGCCGUCCGGACGGACUCAAUUAUCUCGCUACACAUGGAGGUCAUCGGCAACCCCAUCGUCAGCGUAGUCGCCUUCCGCAGCAAGAACGGCGCAAUCGACAUCUACGAUAUCGCCGACGACCUCUCUGCCAAGGGCUGGCAUCUCAACGCCCUGCAGUCCCCACCUGCCAUCCACUGCGCCUUCACCAUCCCAACCGCCAAGGCUGUCGAGCAGCUCAUCGCUGAUCUGACUGAAGUCAUCGGAGUAGAGCUUGAGAAGGCCGAGCAGCGCAAGCGCGAGGGAAAAUCGUAUAUCCUCCAGCGUGGUGAUACGUCUGCCCUGUACGGUGUUGCUGGUAGUAUCCCUGAUAAGACUAUCGUUAGCCGUCUGGCGGAAGGGUUCUUGGAUACUCUGUACAAAGCAUGA